AUGUAUUCCACUGAAAAAACUUCUAAUCUAGCUAAAUUAGAUUCAAUUAGUCAGUUGUCAACAAAUGUUUAUCGUAUUUUGGGACAAAAUCCGGGACCAUUUACACUUCAAGGAACUAAUACAUAUUUGAUUGGAACCACCAAAGAAAGAAUUUUAAUCGACUGUGGUGACACUGGAGUGGAACAAUACAUUGAUUGUUUGAAGAAAGCACUAGGUAAUAACACAAUAAAGUUAAUUAUUUGCACACACUGGCAUGGUGAUCAUGUGACGAAUGGGCCAAUACCAGUUCAUAAACUUAGAAGAAUGGAUUCGCCAGAGGUGGAUAAUAUAAAAUUUGAUUACAUAUUACCAGGAAGUAUCAUUACGGCUCCUGGAGUUACCCUUAAAUGUAUUGCAACACCUGGACAUACAUCCGAUCAUCUUUCACUUUAUUUUGAAGAAGAAGGUAGUCUCUUCAGUGGUGAUUGCAUACUUGGUGAAGGUAGCUCUGUAUUCGAAGAUCUGUAUGAUUAUAUGCAUUCAUUGGAAACAUUAUCAAAACUUAAUAUUACUAGGAUAUAUCCAGGACAUGGGUCAGUUGUCGAAAAAGGUUUGGAAAAAAUUUAUGAAUAUAUAGCACAUCGAAAGAAGCGAGAAAAUGAUAUAUUGAAAAUAUUGGAAAAUGAGGCAGAUAUAUCUUGGUCAGUAAAACUGGGAGCCAUAAAUAAUGUGAAUAAACAUUUGGUGAAGCUUGUGAAAGAAAAUAAGGUUGAACAAGUUGGUUUUGAUAGUUAUCGUUUAAAUAAUGCUCAAAAUAUUGACAUAGGACAAACAACUACUGAUGCUAAUAACUGA